GAGGUCGCUCAUUCACUGUCCGUCCUUGCCUGGUGAACACGCAGCCUGCCCCCCCGACCAGACGGGACAGAAGCAGCAGCAGCAGCAUGUCGGACCAGUCGGCCUUCGACACGGACGUAUGGACCCUGACCCGGUUCAUCCUGGAGACCGGGCGCCAGGCCAAGGGAGCGACCGGUGAGCUGACCCAACUCAUCACCGCCAUCCUGACGGCCAUCAAAGCCAUUUCCUCCGCUGUGCGCAAGGCAGGCCUGGCCCACCUGCAGGGCAUGGCGGGCUCCGUGAACGUGACGGGGGACGAUCAGAAGAAGCUGGACGUGCUGUCCAACGACCUGGUCAUCAACAUGCUGCAGGCCUCCUACGGGACCUGCUGCCUGGUGUCUGAGGAGAACGAGGAGCUGGUCAUCACGCCCAAAGACAAGAGGGGAAAGUACGUUGUGUGUUUCGACCCCCUGGACGGCUCCAGUAACAUCGACUGCUUGGCCUCCAUCGGCACCAUAUUUGCCAUUUACAAACGGAUCUCAGAGGGGGAGCCCACAGAGAAAGACGCCCUGCAGCCGGGCAGCAGCAUCGUGUGUGCCGGCUACGCCCUGUACGGCAGCGCCACCCUGGUGGCCCUCAGCACCGGCGCCGGCCUCAACUUCUUCAUGCUGGACCCUGCCAUUGGUGAGUUCAUCCUCAGCGAGAGGAACGUGAAGAUCAAGCCGAAGGGAAAGAUCUACAGCCUGAACGAGGGCUACGCCAAAUACUUCCACCCGUCGAUCAACGAGUACCUGAAGCACAAGAAGUAUCCAGAGGAUGGCAGCUCUCCCUACGGGGCUCGAUAUGUGGGCUCCAUGGUCUCAGACGUUCACCGCACCAUCGCCUACGGAGGAAUCUUCAUGUACCCGGCCAAUGAGAAGAGCCCGAAGGGAAAGCUGCGGCUGCUGUACGAGUGCAACCCCAUCGCCUUCCUCGUGGAGCAGGCGGGGGGGCUCGCCACCACCGGCACCCAGCGGGUCCUGGACGUCCAGCCCCAGGCGCUCCACCAGCGGGUGCCCUUCGUGGUCGGCUCCUGUGACGACGUCAACGAGUACCUGUCCUUUGUCAAGAAGUUCCCAUGAAGGCUUUUACACACUUUACUGUCAGCAGACAUCAAAAUAUAAAUAAUUAGUUUCAAACUGCAAAUUGUUGAAGAAUUCAUCAUAUUACUCAUCAUAUUGUAUAUAAACAUUAAACCUACACUAUUUUCCACAAGACAAGAGUUCUUCUUU